UAUUCUGUUUUUUUAGUUAUUCUAAGAAGUAAAACGAUCGAUUAAAAUCUACCAGUAAGGGUAUUAAAAGUUCAACAGGUAAUUUAUUUUGAGUCUUUUAUAUAUUAGGUUGUUAGACUAUGUAGAACUUUUAAAAUGAAAGUUUUGUCAAAGGCUGAGCUGGAAGUAAACAUGGAAACCUACAGUUAGUUGAUAGUAGACUUUACCUUUUAAAACAGCUUCAGUUAAAUGAAACAUCAAUGCCUUUUAGAGUUUUUUUGUAUUCAUAUGAACUUUAUCCCUACUUGGAGAAAGGGGUACACCAGCAGGAUGAGUUCCACAGAGGAAACUAUAUCAGUAAAGGAGCUGCAGGAGAGAAUAGCAGAGUUGGACUACAAUCAGAAUCAGCUGAGGGAACUGAAUGAUGAGAUGAGGUCCUGGCUGGAUGUUGCUGAUGAUGACAUAGCAUCACUCCGCUCUGAGAACACCACACUCAGAAAACAAGUGAAAGAGCUGGAGAAAGUCAUUUUUGAAGCACAGCAGGUUGAAGCAGAGCCCUGUGAGUUCCUGACGGCUAGAGACCUAGCUGAGAAAAGAUUCAGUGUAAAAGAGAUCCAAGAUUUGGAAAGGAAAUCAAACACCACGAAAGAAGAAAAUAAGAUGCUAACAGUCCUGGUAAGGAACUUGGAGGAAGAGAGAGAAGAAGACAAGAUGACUCUGAGCAACCUCAGGGCCUCAUUUCAGAGCAUGCAGAUGGAAAUGGAGGAAACUCAGUUAGCAGUGCAGCAUAGGGAUGAGGUUAUUCAGCAGAAAGACCUGCAGAUAAAGCAUCUGGAGGAAACCAUGGAGGAAUAUACUGACAUCAUCAAGGAUCUCAGAACGACGAAGCAGGAGCUGAGCAAGCAGCUGGAGGACAGACUGGACGAGGCCUCGUUCCCUGUUCUGGCUGAGGUGAUGGGAGAAGAGGAGGGGUUAGUCAGUUCUCAUCUGUCCUUGGCAGAAGAAAUCCAGCUGCUGGUCUCAUCUGCUGAGAUGAACCCCAGCAGGUCCAGCUUCACAGAUCUCACUCUGGUGGCUUCUGAUGAGGAGGAGAACAACGGAGUUCUGGAUUCUCCCAAAGCUGACCUCAGUACUGAAAGAGAGGAAGGACUUGCUGACGCCUCGAAGACCAACAUCCACGGAUCAAGUCUAUUCAAGCUGUGCAUCUUCACUCUUUCCUUUUUGGUCUCUGCGGUUUUGGGAUGCGUCGCAGGAAACUUGUUUUCCAGUAACAUUUUGCAGAGUGGUUCCCAGCUCAUGUUACAGCCCUACAUCAGCGUCCAGUACAACGCCUUACCUCCCGUUUGAUCUCUUAAGUGGAGUUGCAUCCAUCUGCUUCAGCUCUAGAGUGCUGUUGGGACUUUGUGGGACACUUAAAGAAAACUGAUAUGAACGCAGCAUGUUAAAAAAACAAAUCCUCUGUUUAUUUUGUCCAAAAUUAAUCACAGAUGUGACACAAGCCUCCUCACAGCCUGUUGGUGUUAUUUGUUUAGCUUUAAUGAUGGUUUAGAGUCAUUAGUACAGUUGAUUUCUUACCUCAGUCAGUCAUUUCUUUUAUUGCUGCACUUCUUCCAGUGUUCCAUCAUCUUUCUGCUAGUUUCCCAUCAUUUUUAGAGCCAUUGUGUUUUUCCACAUGGUCGAUUGGCUUCUUGAAAAUGUUCGUAAUCUUUUGUUCACUAUUCUUCACAAGCUUUUCAGUCCAGGUUUACACAUUCACACCCAUGCAGAUGCAGAAACUUUUAUUUGUGACUUUUUAUCUCAUAAUUAUGCGUUUACAGUCAUAGUUGUGACAUCUAUGGGACCGUUUUUUGUUAUUUCUUUCAAGGUUCUCCAUAGUUAUUUCUCUUUAAAUUACACGGUUAUUUUAUUCUAUCA